AUGGCUGAAGAAGAAGCAAUCGAACCAAAAGUAUUUCAAUGUUCGCUUUGUCCAUUCUAUGCUGCUUAUGAUCGAUACGAUUCGCAAUAUAUUGAUGAUUCCAAUCUUCCGACGACACAAUCAUCCCGGAGCAAAAAAGAUUCUUCGUUGACAAUAAAUCUUCUCGAAAAAGUCUAUCUACUUCGCGAUCCAUUUGUUGCCAUGAAAGAAAAGGACAAAGAAGAUCAAUCAAAAUUAUCUUCGGUGAUUCUCGGUGUGUAUUCUAUACACGAAGAUUUUGCUUGA